UGUAGAUUGUACAUUAUUAGCAUGUGUGGAUCCUUAUACAAAUAGCCCUCCAGGAUCACCCUGUGCCUGUGUGUUGCCAAUGCAAGUUGAACUGUGCCUUAGUGUGGCCCUAUACACCUUCUUUCCUUUGGUUUCUGAACUGGCUGCAGAAAUAGCAGCUGGAGUUUUCAUGAGACAAAGUCAAGUUCAUACCAUGGGAGCAAAUGCAGCCAGCCAACAGCCAGAGAAUACUAUUGUUCUUAUCAAUCUGGGGCCACUUGGAGUAAAAUUUGAUAACACCACAGCAUUUAUGACUUAUGAGAAGUUCUGGCACAAACAGAUUGCCAUAAAGGCUUCCUUCUUUGGUGAGUAUGAAGUGUUGUAUGUUAAAUAUCCAGGGCUUCCUCCCUCCCCACCUUCAACAACCUCAAGCAUUACCACCAUAGAUGGUGGACCUUUACCUGGCCAUGGCAAUAAUGGAAGGACAAUACAGCCUCUGGGAGUUGAUGUGAGGAGGAAACAAAAAGGAGGACUUGGUGGUGGCAUGAUUGCUAUAAUAGUUCUGUUAUCUGUUAUAGCCAUUGUAUUCUGUGUUGGAGCCGCUUGGGUGUUUAUAUUGAAAUGUGGAAGACAUUCUAGUCAACCUGCAUCCACCAUUGAAGCUUUUGUACCUUCCCUUGCAAAGACAUCAGGGGCUGUUGGAUCUAUGAUGUUUGGAAGUGGAGCCAGUUCUGCAUCACUAUCCUUUGGAUCUAGCUUUGCAACAUAUAUAGAAACUGCUAGAACUUUCAGUGCAGGUGAAAUAGAAAGAGCUACUGAUAACUAUGAUGAUUCAAGAAUACUGGGGGAAGGUGGAUUUGGACGUGUCUAUAGUGGUACCCUUGAUGAUGGAAUUAAUUGCCUAGUUUUUAAGACGAAUUUGUUAUCACUUGAUUCAUGGGAGGAUGAAAUUAACCUUACGCAAUCACUAUAA